AGUAUCGAUCCUGAGCGGAUGGACUUUCUACACUGAGAUCGUCGGCAAAGCGUAGCCUGUCGAACGAGCCAUGACAAGGAUCAACCUGAGUUUGCUAGCAGUGGCCGUUGCCGCCUGCUUCUGCAUCCUGCUGUGGACAAGAUCAGCUCCCGAGCAGUCGCAAGUUCUGUUUGAUGAGGCUGACAGCGAGAGGAAGGUCAGGAAUCGAGUGCAAGGUUCUGAGUUCAACCAUGACCAGAACUCUCACUACACUGUGUGGCACCGAGCUCAUUCUCCCUCCUUCAGCGUCAUGCACGUCGUUGAGCCCAAGUCGGGGGAGCGCGACCGGCAGUCAGGUGGGAUGGGCUCGUUGAUGCGGCAUGCAGAGAACAUGCUGCAGAAGGACAACAUGCAACUGGCGCAGGAGAACAAGCAGUUUGCAGAGAGCAAGCCCAAGGGACUCUACAACAAGAUCCGACACUCGGACGAAAGGCCCGAGAAGUACGAGGAGGAAGCCGUGGACCAUCAGAUCGACUCGCAGUACAAGAGCAAAGAAGCGCAGAGAGAGUCGCUCAAGUCCGAGCUGGAGAGGAGGAGGG